AUGACAUCGAUCAAAGAAGACGAAAAGAAAGAAAUACCUGAAAUCAUACAUGAUCCUCAAACUAACUGCACCUAUCAGAGGUUACGAUUUUUUGGGAAGGGUGGUUUUGCCAAGUGCUAUGAAAUUCAGGACAUUGCCACUAACCUAGUAUGGGCUGGCAAAAUAGUAUCAAAGAAGCUCAUGGUGAAAUCCAGCCAGAAAGAGAAGAUGGCACAGGAGAUUUCUAUUCACCGUUCCCUGCAGCACAAACAUGUAGUGGGCUUCCACAGCUUCUUUGAAGACUCACUCAAUAUCUAUAUUGUAUUGGAACUAUGCAAAAGAAGGUCUAUGAUGGAAUUGCACAAGAGAAGAAAGGCAAUCUCAGAGCCAGAGACAAGAUUCUAUAUGCACCAAAUUCUCCUUGGAGUGCAAUACUUACACAGCAAACGCAUCAUCCAUCGGGACUUGAAACUUGGGAACCUGUUCCUUGAUGACGAUCUCCAUGUCAAGAUUGGAGAUUUUGGACUUGCUGCUAGGAUUGAAUAUGAAGGAGAGAGAAAGCAAACACUGUGCGGCACGCCAAAUUACAUUGCACCAGAGAUACUGACGAAAAAGGGGCAUUCCUUUGAAGUGGACAUCUGGAGCUUGGGCUGCAUCAUGUAUACUCUGCUUGUUGGCAAGCCGCCGUUUGAAACUUCUACACUCAAAGAUACAUAUAAAAGGAUCAAACAAUGUGAAUAUAGCGAGGGAGUGUACCUAGCGAUGAGCGUAUUUUGCACGGGGCCAUGGCACUCGUUGAGUAGUCGUUACGCUCGGGCCUUAGUCGACGAUAAUACGGUCAAUCAACAUUACAGGAUUCCGUCGUCACUGCGCAAGCCGGCGGCAUCAAUGAUAGUAUUACAGCUCCAGUCAAACCCUGCACGACGGCCGUCCGUAGACAAACUGUUACAACACGAGUUCUUCUCGUCGGGAAUAAUGCCGGCCGCACUGCCCCUGUCGUGCCUCACGACGGCUCCGAGAACCGAUCAGCUCGAGGGCAUCGCGUUGCACCGCAGGCCACUCAACGAAGUCAAUACUAACGAACAUGUGGCGAUGGCAGUGGACUCUCCGGUGAAGCGCGAGCCGGCGGCAGGCGAGCCGCGCGCCGUGGAGCCGAGCUCGCACAAACAAAACCUCAUCGCUCUCCGCGACCAGCUUGCUGCACUGCUUGACAGCAAGCUUAAAUGUCGUGCUGAAGCUCUUACCGACGAACUGAUGGAUCCAGCGGCGCAACCAUUGGUAUGGGUUGGCAAGUGGGUAGAUUAUAGCGACAAGUAUGGGUUCGGUUACCAGCUGUGCGACGAGAGCGUUGGCGUUAUGUUUAAUGAUACCACCAAGCUUAUUAUGCUUGCUAAUGGACUGAACGUGCACUACAUCAAUCGGCAGGGCCAAGAGCAGUAUAUGACGAUGCGUGACUACCCACAAGAACUAGACAAGAAGAUGAAACUUCUCACUUACUUCAGAAGAUAUAUGACUGAGCACCUUAUGAAAGCCGGUGCGUCGGUUCCGGUGCGUGAGAGUGACGGCUUAUCUCGGCUACCGCAUUUACACCAAUGGUUCAGAACUACACUGGCUGUCAUUAUGUACCUUACGAAUGGAACGCUACAGAUUAACUUCCAAGACCACACCAAGAUAAUCCUGUGUCCACUCAUGCAAGCCGUGACGUAUAUCGACAUAGAGAAGAACUUUAGAACAUUCCCCUUCAGCACUAUACAGGAGCAUGGCUGUGAUAAGAAACUCUAUACCAAUCUCACAUACGCGCUAGAGAAAUUAAACAGUGUACUAGCCAACAGGCUGUGCUAG